AGUACGGGUUGGGAUACGUCGUUGACUGUGUAAACAAAAACAUUAAUAUUUAAAUUCAUUUCGGAGCUCCAGGCAUUAAUUUGUUAAACGAUGUUAGAUUAGAAAGUAGUUCGGGCACUUUAUAGUUUGUCUGUGAUUCGUGCGUGUUAAUGGCAUAAAAUACUAAAAAUAGGAAUGUGAAUGCGUUAUUCGUAUUGUUUUUAAAUUGUAAAUAUUUAGAUUUUUUUUAAACAUGAAGCCAAAAGUGGACAGGGGUCUACUCCCCGUGAAGAUACACUUUUUCUUUUUCUUUGCGGCGUUGGGGCCAUUGCUGCCACAAAUGAACGUGUUUGGGCGGCAGCUGGGCGUGUCCCCGGGGGUGAUGGGCAUGGUGACGGCGGUACUGCCCCUGCUGUGGGCCGCCGCUAAGCCCCUGUUUGGAUACGUCGUGGACUAUUGGCCGAACCACAGAAAGCUGGUGUUCAUGCUGCUCAUUGUCGUCAUGUCGGGAUCCUACUGUUCUCUAUGGUUCCUGCCGAUGCCCGAUGAAACGAACGACAUGCUGUUGGAAUCUGUAUACAGCCUAAAUGACACCAUCUACCUGAAGCCCUACGAUGACCAGGAGCGUUUGAAUAAGUACAACUGCCACUGGAACUGCACCGCCGGCGAUAAAUUCGACGUGUACCUGUCGAAUUCGUCGUACAUAAGCACCAUGUACGUGGACGGAACGAUCGCGACAACGUCUUGCUCGCUCUUGCACAUGGAGACGGAUAGCGUGCGGGAGGGAGACGUCGCGUGUGUGCCGGUUGACGAUUGCAAUUUGCUGUGUUACGAGGUGCAUUUAAAUAGGACUAGGCGAGGAACGAAUUCGGAAUUUGAAAAUCUUGUUAAUAAGACAGGCGGUGGUGAUAAUACCGUUGUGGAUGGUGGCGGUAGUUUUUACGUGACGGCCACUUUUUGGGCAUUCGUCGUUCUGAUGUGCGUGGGGACGGUCGCGUUUAACGUUGCUAAUUGUAUCGGUGACGCUGUGUGUUUUGAUGUUUUGGGGCCCAACCGGGGCUCCCAAUACGGGGCCCAGCGCGCUUGGGGCACCGCCGGUUACGGUAUAACCGCGUUGCUCGGCGGCUGGCUCAUAGACAUGUACUCCGGGCGAUACAAGGAUUUCACGCCGGCUUUCCUCAUCGCCCUCGUGGCUACUGUUGUGGAUUUGGCCAGCUGCAGGGCUCUCACGCUACCCUCAUUGUCGAGUCCAGAAGACUCUGGCAAGGCGCUGCGAGAGGUUUUGAAGAUACCAAGAGUUGUUGUUUUUAUCAUAUUCGCCGUUGUAGCCGGCACUUUCGAUAGCUUCAUCAUCUAUUAUAUGUUCUGGUUUUUAGAAGACCUAGCGGAAAGGACGGGCUCGAUGGCGCAAAUAAAGCUGAUAGAGGGUGCGGUCGUCGCGGCGCAGAGCUUCGUUGGCGAGCUGUUGUUCUUCUUCUUCUCCGGAAAAAUCAUAGACCGCUGGGGUUUCGGCGCGACAAUGACCUUUUCACUCUUCUGCUACGGGAUUCGGAUGAUACUGAUCUCCUUCAUACAGCAUCCCUGGCACUUGGUGUUUAUUGAGGGUAUCAUGCAAGGGCCGACGUACGCGCUGUGCUACUCCACGAUAGUGGGCUACGCGGCCCACGUUGCCCCGGAAGGAUACUCGGCUACCGUCCAGGGCAUUGUCGCCGGGAUGGACGACGGAGUCGGUUUUGCGCUAGGUUCCCUAGUGGGGGGUCAGCUGUACGCGAGCGCGGGGGAGAGGGGGUCGUUCCGUAUCCUCGCGGGGGUCGCGUUGCUCGCAUCAGUCCUGCACGCGGUUCUGUUCAAGUUUGUCACUAGGAAGGGGGCUGAUAAAAGACCGGAAGUGACGCAAGAGGAAGGCGAGAAAAUGUUACCAAUUCAACACAAUAACUCGAUAUAUCGAGACACGGUGUUGCCAGCUGAGAAGACUGAUAGAUAGUGCUGUAUCUAUAUUGAUGCGGUUUACCAUUGUGAUAGUAUACCUCAAUUUUUUGAUGGUUUUAUUAAAUUUAUACGUAUUAGAAUUUUUUUAUAAAGCAU